AAUUUGCGGACUAUGAACAUAUGGAGGAAUUAGGAUACAUUCUAAAUUGUGUAUGAAGAAUAUUGGUGGAUUAAUAAUCAGAUAGAAUGAGAAACUUGUUGCAUUUGAAACGUUGAUAAUUCUUGAAUUAAAGUAAUAGAGAUUAAAAUAAGAAACAAUAGCAUCAAGAUGAUUAAGAAUUGUAUAUGAAACGAGAUUGAUUUGUUGUGGAAUUAUCGCUCAGGGCACCUCCGACCGAUGGUCAGGUGACAUAUCGCAAGAAACAAUUUAAAAAGUGAAUUUCUUCCCUAAUAACUAUGAUUACGCCACGAUUCAUAAUCCUUUCUAUUAUUUGCCUAUUAUGUGCAUUAUUUCAUAAUUAUAUAAUAUGGAUAGUAACAAAUCUUCUUCAUAUUGUUACAUUUAUGACAAUAUUCUCAUUGGGUGUGAUUCUUGCACUCUGGGUAAAAAACAUUGUUAGUUCAGGAGAUUUACAAAAGAAACAAGUCAUUGUCUCACGUAAAAUAGACGAUAUAUUAAAUGAUUUAUUCGAUUUAAUAUGCCAAGAUUUCAUUCUAAAUUGGUAUUCGGAUUUGGCUAAGGAUAGUGCAAAAUUUUCAAGUAUUGUACAAUACAAUCUUUGGUUGGUAUUUGAAAGAUUUUAUAGGAAAUUGGAGAAAUUAGACGUUGUAACUUUCCUCACCCAAGAUUUCGUUAAUACCCUAUUAGUACAUUUUGCGGAUUCUCGUGUUGCAAACAAAAAAUCUAAAGAAUAUAAUGGAGAGAAAUUCGAACUACACUCAUGGCUGGAAAAUGAUGAGACAGAAACAACGUUGCUUAGGAAUAUAGCUCACGUAUUACUUUAUCAGCUACUUCCUGAAGAGCAUUAUGACUUGAAACCACUUCGUUAUUUAUUAAGAGAAAUAGUAACGGUUAAUGUGCUAAAAUCAUCUGUUGAUUAUCUGUGCGAUCCUCACGUUAUUAAUUCAUUCUUAUUAUCUUGGUUGAAGCAUAGAAAAAAUAUUCAUUUUAAACAUACACGCUAUUUUUCAUACGCCGCAACAUAUGAGGAAUUUUAUACAAUUAUUGAGAAGUGCGAAGAUCUAGAACAAUUAAAAUAUCUUCGUUAUAAGAUAAUGACAGAAAUAAUGGAUGUAACUGCCAUAAUAAACAUUCAAAAACAUCAAGGUGUCGAUACACAUGACGAUGCCCUACCUCGUACGAAAAGUAAAGGUGAUUUAUUAAGAUCAAGGAAUUUACCUAGAUACCUGAAUCAGUUAGGUGUUGCUAAGUCACAAUGUGAAAAGAAGAUUUUCUCGCUUGGAGGUAAGGAUUACGUUCGUAGGGAAAAGAAUGCUGCCAAAAAUGAAGUGACGGUUUUGCCCUUCGAUAAGAUAAUGAAAACAAAUUCGGCUCGUCAAUGUUUUAUAAAUUAUUUAGAGAAUGAGGCUGCUAAUCAUAACGCUCCUGUUCUCGUCUCUUUCUGGGCAGCUAUACAAAAUAUGAGUUUAUCCUCUAAAAAGAAUUGGCAUGUAAUGGGCACGGAAAUUUAUACUCAGUUCGUAUCGUCAUCAAAUUCCCCAAUUAGAAUGCUUUUAGAUAGAUCUUGUCUAAAACAAAUGCAAGCGUUUCUAACGGGCGAUCACACUGCAGAUGCUUUUUUCAAAGCUCAGAACGAAAUCUUUAUAUACUUGAAUAGAAAACACUAUUUAUCAUUUAUAGUAAGCGAUGAUUAUCAUCAAUACGUUGAUGAUAAAAACGAGAGCGUUUUAGAACGGUCAAUAAGAGUUUCGAAUUCCGAAGAACUAAUAGAUAGUAUAAGAAUAGCUGAACAUACGUCAAAUGCUCAGAGAAGAUUGCAAGAGAUUAAGGAAAAGAUAUCGAACAAAACUGAGGCAUUGAAGGCACUUUCCUCAAUUCAGCAUACUAAUGAGACAAGGAUGAAGAAGAUAAUUGAUAAUUUACAUACUGAGACUAAAGAAUUAAAAGAAGAAGAAAAGAGAUUAGAACUUCAUUUAGAAAGAAUUGAUUUAUGGAUAGAUAACUUUGAAAAUUUUAAAGCUCAAGUUUACAAUGUCGAGGUUAUCGUUGAGGAUAAUAAACAAUUAAUAUGGGCUUAUAUAUCAAUUAAUGUCAUGGAAGGUAAAGAUUCUAGAGGAUGGGUUAUAGGUAGGACACUUGAAGAUUUUAAAGCUUUCUACGAUCAAAUAAAAUUGUUAUAUCCUAAUCAUAAAAUUUGUAAAGAGACUAAACAAUCCGCCUUUCAAAUGGCAAAAAGUAAAUUUCGCCUGAAUAAAAUUGAUGACAAAGCUUUAGAAUCAAAAAAGAAUGAGCUAAAUGAAAUUUUGCAAAAUGUUGUUGGAGAUAAACAUUUGGCAUUGAGCGAAAUAUCAUUAGCCUUUUUCUCUCAGACGCCGGAACUUUUAAGGGGGGAUUCAAACAUUAGAGAAACGGAAAAUAAAUUCUCCUUGGCUAAAUUAUUCAACAGUUUUCAAAUUAAUCGAACUGAAUACGACGAAGACGAAGACGAUAUUAAUGAUGAAUUAUUCUGCGAUAAUCCAGAUAGUCACAAUAGUGAUAAAGAAGAUUACGGAAAAGAUUGGAUUGCGCAACCUAUGUACAGUCUCAUAGCCGAAGUGUUUGAGUUAUCUGGCGUUUCUAAAUGGCUUAGAAGAACCCUUAUAUCGUUUGUUCAAAUAACCUUUGGAAGAUCAAUAAACAAGCAAUUAAGAGAAACAAUUAAAUGGCUGUACAGCGAAGAUAUGGUACUAUAUUAUCUAUUAACGUUCAAAGAAGCUCUCUGGCCAGAUGGAGAAUUAAUAACUGCGUCUGCUCCGUGCAGUAAUGAGGAAAAAUUAGCCAUAAGGAAUAAAUUGAAAUAUAUGCUUUUAAAAAAUAUUCCAGAUGUGGCUAAAAACCUUAUUGGACCUGAUAAUGCUCAGAAAGGAUUGGUAAAAAUUUUUGAAUUAUUGCAGGAUGUGAAACUAAACAAGCACUUAUUCUACACUAUGAUUGAAAUAUUACUGAGGAAGCUGUUCCCUGAUGUGUUCCGUCUUAGAUCUAGCCAGCGCCUACCUAUACCUACUACAUUCGAAGAAUAUUAA